GAAUUCCCAAGCGUCACUGUUUGCUCAGUUUCUCCUGUUGGCUAAUGUAAAGCAGAUGCGACCCCGAUGUUGCUUAGUCACGGCCCAAAGAGUAGGUAGGAGGGAUGUGAGGAGCAAAUCCUAUUGGCUGUGAGAGGACGUUGCUGUGCUCAACUGGGUAGAAGGUUUUUGUUUUUUGUACAGUAUGCAAACUUGACUGAGAAGCUAUGUCUGAGCAAACCAAGCCUGUCUUGCAUGGAUACUUCAGAAGCUCCUGCUCAUGGCGGGUACGCAUUGCAUUCGCCCUGAAAGGUAUGGAAUAUGAUCAGGUGCCAGUCAAUCUCAUCAAAGAUGGCGGUCAGCAGCUCACAGAGGAGUACAAGACUUUAAACCCGAUGCAGCAAGUGCCUGCAGUUGAAAUUGACGGCAUCGCCCUCUCUCAGUCGCUGGCGGUGAUCCAGUACAUUGAUGAGACCAGGCCCGAACCGCGUCUCCUUCCAUCAGACCCCAAAAAAAGGGCCCGGGUUCGGAUGAUAAGUGAUCUCAUCGCCACUGGGAUACAACCUCUGCAGAAUCUACACGUGAUCCAAAAGAUUGGAGCAGAGAAGGUGCAGUGGGCGCAAUACUUCAUUAAUCGAGGGUUUGAAGCUCUCGAGGCUCUGCUGAAGCAAACCGCCGGGAAAUAUUGUGUAGGUGAUGAGAUAUCCAUGGCUGACAUCUGUCUGGUCCCACAAGUCUACAAUGCAGAGAGAUUUAAAGUGGACAUGAGCUUGUAUCCAACUAUCCAAAGACUGAAUCAAACCUUAGCGGAGAUUGACGCUUUCCGAGUGAGCCAUCCGUCUUGCCAGCCAGACACGCCUGUUGAGCUGCGAGCAUAGGUGAAACGCUGUGUACACCUUGUUAAUAAAAUGCUUUGAACUGAA